GAUCGUAGAAGCAGGCAGGCAGAGGCAAGAGGCCCCUCACCCUCAGGUGAUCAGGUCGCUAGCUCCCGGCUUAACUAGUAGGCAGCCAUGAAUUUCGGUGGGAAUGGCAACGCGACGAUCCGGUGCAAGUACUGCAGGGCGAGCCUGAGCGUGAUCCCCGGCGAGCGCGCCAUCCAGUGCGCGCAAUGCAACUGCGUGACCCGCAUCCGGCGGGCCGACCGCAUCCCGCUGGCGCGGCCGGCGCACGUGCCGCCGGCGUUCCAGCGCGCCCGGGGCAAGAAGCGCGCCGUCCUGGUCGGCAUCACGUACGCCGGCGCGCGCCGGGGCUGCGGCGACCUGAGGGGCCCCGUCAACGACGUCAAGUGCAUGAGGAACCUCCUCUGCCAGCGCUUCGGCUUCCCCGGCGAGUGCAUCAUCAUGCUCACUGACGACCAGAGGGACCCGUUCAGGCUGCCCACGAAGGAGAACAUCCGGAUGGCGAUGCACUGGCUGGUGCAGGGCUGCAGCUACGGCGACUCCCUGGUGUUCCACUUCUCGGGCAUCGGCGCGCAGGUGGCGGACGACGACGGCGACGAGGCGGACGGGUACGACGAGGCCAUCUGCCCGCUGGACGCGUUCCAGAGCGGGCCCAUCCUGGACGACGAGAUCAACGAGGUCAUCGUGCGCCCGCUGGUGCACGGCGCCAGGCUGCACGCCGUGGUGGACGCCUGCUACAGCGCCACGGUCCUGGACCUCCCCUACCAGUGCCGCAUGUCCAGGAACGGGUUCUGGCAGUGGGAGGACGAGAGCCCGCCGUCGGGCGCCUGGAAGGGCACCAGCGGAGGCCACGCCGUGCUCAUCAGCGGAUACAGCGAGGGCAAAGGCAACUUCGCCAUGAUGCCCGACGCCCACGCGUCGGUCGUCGGGGCCAUGACGCACAGCUUCGUCCGGACGCUGGAGUGCCAGCCGCGCGGGGUCACCUACGGCCACCUGCUCAGCUCCAUGAGGGCCAUCAUGAAGAACCGCGGCGGGGGCUGCGAUCUGCAGGGGGCCAUCGGCGCACCCAUCCGCACCGUCGCCAACUUCAGCGGCGUGCAGGAGCCUAACCUGUCCUCUUCGGAGACGUUUGACAUUUACCGCAAGCAGUUCGUCCUGUAGACACCACCACACCAGGGUUUGCCCCUGCCGGCCGGCCGCUUGUAAUGAAUUGCCGUCGUAUCAGAAUAAGAAAUUAUCUAUCGACCAUGAUAUGAUAUGAUAUAUCAGGAAAGAAGGAACUAUUACCCCUCAAUGUAAUAACUAAGCAUGUUCAAUGUCCUCUUUUUAUUAGAGAGAGAGACAGAGAGAAAACGCGGAAUUUGAGACGUGUGCAUGCAGUUUACGUGAUCAAUAAAGUUACAUAGAAAUUAUUUU